UAUUUUUUCCCAGAGGCGCACCCGCUCUGAUUAUGCGGAGGCUGGUAUUCGGACUUCAGCGCCUAAAGCCUUGUGCCCUCCUUGUUUCACUUUCCUGUUGUAAACCUAAUACGUCUGUCUCUGCACAAUCGAAUUAUUCGCAUUCCUCGGCUCGUCUGUUCGCAACCAUGUCAGGCUCGGCGGAUGAAUUUGUUAGAGGUAGCAUCUUCUCCAACGGCCUUGCGGUCAUCACCCUCGAUCGCCCUAAAGCGCUCAACGCGAUGAAUUUAGAAAUGGACAUAAAAUACAAGGAAUAUCUCGAUGAAUGGGAAAGCAAUCCAAAUGUAAAAUGCGUCCUGGUUGAAAGCAGCUCAUCUCGUGCUUUUUCAGCAGGAAUGGAUAUUAAAGGUGUUGUGGCUGAAAUUCAUAAGGACAAAAAUACAACAGUUGUGCAAAAGGUAUUUGCUGCAGAAUACUCCUUGAUAUGUAAAAUAUUUGACUAUCAAAAGCCAUAUAUUUGUUUCAUGGAUGGUGUGACCAUGGGGUUUGGCAUUGGUCUUUCAGGCCAUGGCCGUUAUCGUAUUAUUACUGAGAGAACGCUUUUAGCAAUGCCAGAAAAUGGAAUUGGCUUGUUCCCUGAUGUUGGCUUUGCUUAUAUAGCUGCACAAAGCCCUGGAGGUGGCGCUGUUGGCAGUUACCUUGCAAUGACUGGUAAAAGAAUUUCAUCUCCUGCUGAAGCAUUAUAUGUUGGCCUUGGAACUCAUUACGUGCCAUCUGGAAACUUGGCAUCUCUUAGAGAGGCACUUCACUCAUACAAUUUCUUUGGGGACGCGCAUGCAAAUGUGCAGGCAAUUUUAGCACAAUACAAAACGGAGCCAGAUUCUGAUGCUCAACUGAAGUUGCUUUUACCCCAUAUAGCGUCAUCAUUUGGCAUAGAAAAAACGGUAUCUGAAAUAAUAGAAGAAUUAAAGAAGCUAGAACUAAAUACUGAUGGGCAAGUUUCUGAAUGGGCCCAUGAUGCUCUUCAAGGACUUGGUAAAGGUGCACCUUUCUCUCUCUAUUUGACUAAGAAACAUUUCUCCGAAGUCGCAUCUGCACACAGAAAUGAUGAGAAUCAUUUAUCUAAACUUCAUGGUGUAAUGAAGACUGAAUAUCGAAUAGCUCUGCGGUCUUCACUUCGACAUGAUUUUACUGAAGGUGUAAGAGCUGUUUUGGUAGACAAAGAUCAGAAUCCAAAGUGGAAUCCCGCAAGAUUAGAAGAUGUCAACAUAAAUGAAGUUGAGUUAGCUUUUGAACCAUUGCCUACUGAAAUAGAGCUGAAUGUAUGAAUAAUGAGCUGAUUUGAAAUGCCAAAAAUAUAUGUAGUUGCCAGCCAUACGAGCGGCAUUUUUCUGCGGUAGUAAGAUGCAAAAAUGAAACAGCCAGUUUAUUAUCGCUGUGAAAUAUUAUUUUGCUCAGGCUAAGAUCCGAAUUGCAUUGCCCCACAAAUCAACCACGCCAAGCAGUUUACACGUUUCUUUUGCAAGUAAUGUUUUUAUUCUGGAACGGCGUUCUCACCAGUGCGCUUGAUUGUAACAAACCUUCUAUUUUUAAUAAAUGGUCUACAAUCACUGACUUGCUGCA